AUGGCAAGGGGACUGACACCAGCAGAUAGUCCAGCUGACACUAACAACCGAACAAAUACAAACCAAUGGGAGAGUCAGCCCCGUGGGCAGCGAUAUAAUCCCUCCCAGGAGUGGCGCGAGCGCAGGGAGUCCGGGCUGCUGAGUGCUGCUGCUCAGAGGAGCGAUGGUGGAGGGCUGCUAAAGAUGGCCGCUCUCUCCGAGGAUGGGAGGUAUGGAUUAAAUUGUGGCCAACAGAGCGCCGAGAGGGUCACCGUCUUACACGUCAAAUUGACCGAAACAGCGCUGAGAGCGAUAGAAAGCUACCAAAACUCUGCGAAUGUACCCUCUUUGCAGCCUUCAAUUCAAUUCAAGGGACUCCAAGGGCGCAUUAAAAUUCCCAGAACUGACAGCUCUUCGGGCAGUGUCAGCAAUUUUGAUUUCUACUUGUCUAAUGUGGGCAAAGACAACCCUCAGGGAAGCUUUGAGUGCAUUCAUCACUAUGUGUCGAGCUCAGGGGCCUCACACCUGGCAUUGUUGGCAACCAUACAGGAUAAGGUCACCGUGUGUGCAACCAAUGACUCCUAUCAGGUGACCCGGGAACGAAUGACCCAGGCUGUGGAGGACACACGUGAGCGUGGGACCAAAGUCAUCAAGCCUGGUGGCCAAUACAGAGGAAAACAAGUACAUACCCGCAAGCCUGCACUAUCAGCCCCAGAUGUAGUUCCAGAGCGCAAACGAUCCACACCCAUCAACCCAGCCAACACUAUACGCAAGUGUCUUUCCAAUAACCCCGUGUCUCAAAAGUCGCUGCGGGACCGCAUCAUCCACCUGCUGGCACUGAAGUCCUACAAAAAGCUUGAAGUGCUUGGACGUUUGCAGAGAGAUGGCAUCAAUCAGAAGGACCGAAAUUCCCUGGGGACCACGCUACAACAAGUGGCAAACCUAAAUCCCAAAGACAACACAUACUCUUUAAAGGACUUUAUAUAUCGUGAUGUCCAGCGGGACUGGCCUGGCUACUCUGAUGAGGAGAAAACCCAAGUCGAUCGAAUCCUGGCUCGAAAAUUAGGGCUUCCAGUUGAGACAAGCUCAUCAAGUAGUUUGCCCAAAGACUGUGUUCCUGCAUCUUCCCAGAAACGUCAGGCUGACUUCGAUUUCAUUGAUCCCUUGGCUCCCAAAAAGCCCCGCAUCUCUCAUCUCACCAAUCGAGGGUCAGCCGCCCCAUCUUCCUCUGAGCGCCAUGAAGAAGAGGGCAGCCCCAGCUCUAAACCCUCUUUACAACCCCCCAGCGCCUCUUCCGGCCCUCCAUCCCAUCUUCCCAUCUCUUCUCACACUCUUGCACCCUCCCACCAGCAGCUCAGCCCAGCCUCCAACUCCAACUCACCAAGCACCCCAGAGGGCUGCGGCACCCAGGACCUUCCCACAGACCAGAGCUCCAGUUAUCGAGAGCCUUCACCGAGCCCUUUCUCCUCCAGUGAUGCGCUUCAGGACCGCUACCAGAACCUAGUCCCUAGACCAGCCUCCCCCAGCCCUCCUCCUUGUACCUCUCUCACAGUUACAUCCACUGUCAUCACCAGCCCUCCAUUGUCCAACAACUCAAGUAAGUUCAAAAAGAAAUCCAAAAAGCACAAAGACAAGGACCGAGAGAAGGAGAGGAAAAAACGAACUGAGAGAGCCAGUGUUAGUCCUCCGGUUGUAGAGCCCAUGGAGGAGAGCUGCAGAGCCAGAAAGAAACGCAGCUCCGAGGAAGUGGAGGGCAAAGUUCACAAAGACCAAGACAAAGAGAAGCCAGUCCAAUCCACUGAACUGUCACCACAAACAGAUACUCCGGACUAUGCAUUGAAAUACACACCUCUGGUUUCCCUCGACCAGCGGCAAAACUACAAAGAUGACUUCAACGCAGAGUAUGACGAGUACCGCCAGCUGCACGCUCGUGUGGAGAGCAUCACCCGCCGCUUCACCCAGCUGGGGGCGCAGUGUCGGAAGCUGACGCCCGGCUCCAAAGAAUACCAGAAAGUCCAUGAAGAAGUCUUGAAGGAGUACAAAAAGAUGAAACAACACAACCCCAGCUACCAGGACGAGAAGCAGCGUUGCGAGUAUCUGCACAACAAACUGGCCCACAUAAAGCGCUUGAUAGCUGACUUUGACCAACGCAGAGCCCAGUCCUGGUGCUGAACACAGCACAGGGCUUCUUCUCAUCAGUAUUGUGAACAGUGUCCACCCAGCUCACUUUUAUUUAUUAACAUUUCUUUUUUUUUCCUGCCUCUGCAACAUGCUCCUGUUCUUUUUGAGCUUUGACUCCACAUGCCUUUUUUUUUUUCUUUUUUCCUAUUUUGAUUGUUUCCUCCAAUGUAGAGUUCUGAUUUCAACUUUUCCUGGCACCCUUUGCUUUCUCCGUGUAUGGUUAAAUCAGCUUCAGUGGAAAGCCACUGGAGGGCUGCAUGAGAAACCAGGUGUGUGGGGAAAUUUCAACUCCAACUUUUGAAGGACACUCUUUUAGGAAAUAAAGUAUUUUUGAGCAACAGAGAAAAUAUUAACUUGUAUUUAAGUAAAAUUAAAAAAGAAAAGAAAAAAAAAGACGGAGAUCUAUUUAUUUUGGGACUCAUGGUAAGCAAGAGUCAGCAGAUCUAUUUAAUUCUUCUUAAUCCACCCCCAAAAAAAUUGCCACAAGCCUUAUGUAUUUUGACUUAGUGAAGCAAUUUUGCACAGGACAUUGAAGGAUCAUCUCAUUUGCUUUGUUUUUUCCUCUCUUGAAGCAAAACUGUACUAGAAGACUUUAUUGAAUUGAGCCGGACAGAAGAGGAAGGAAAUGAAGCACUAAGAAGAAAUCACUUGAGCUCAUUGAGAAUCAACACUGUGUGCAUGUAUUGUUAAAAGAAAACGGAAAAAAAACAAACGGUGAUUUAGGUUUUUCAAGGAGUAGGAACCUCAUGUUGUCACUCAUGGGGGAGGAAGGGGUUGUUACUCCUUUGCACCAAACAUUGUGUUCUGAAAAUGGUGCCUUACAACGUUUACAUUCAGAAACGUGCUGGUGAGCCACAGACCUAUGCAAAGGAACUCCAGCUGCCUGGAAAGCGUGCGACUGUGUGGACACCAUGUGGGUAUAGAAAAGAUGGGAGGGUGUGUAAUUGUGAGUCUGAGUAUGUUUGAGUUCUCCUGAGUGAGUAAAUAAACAUGGAAUCAGGAGAAAAUGUUAUUAGAUGCAUUAAAAACUAAAAAAAAAAAAAAAGAGCUGCUUUGUUUAACCAGCCAGCAGUUGGGAUCAACCGAGCUGGAGUGAGUAUCUGAUCCUAGUGGAAGAUGUGAAGAUUCCUUAAUUUUGCAGAGCUGUUCCUCUUUAGACAUGAAAGGGACUUCACCCGUUUCAUGAGCAGCAAACUCUUUCUGUUCUUCAAAGAAGCCACUUUGUCAUCCAUCUGUACUGUGGUGUUUUUAAAGGCAAUGCUCCUGUUUUCCUUUCACACAGCGGUGAAAGAUCCAAGUAGCUUGUUUUCCCCUCUCAUUUAGUGCAGAUUUACUUUUCAUGGAUGGAUGACUUCUGAUCUGUUCUUCAUUUCAACAAGGGAAUUUUUUGUUUUGUUUACAGACUUGUGUUAGAAUGUUUUGCCAAAAAUUAAAUGCCUUUCUGGUACAGCUUGUAUGGAGUAAGAUUUCUGAUCGGAGAGCGAAAAACAACACGAAAGUUGAAAUGCUCACGUCCACCGAGGAAUCCCACAAUCCUCCUGUAAAUGCGACCAGAAACGAGGGCAGCGCUGUUCUUAGGUCAGCCCCCGUCUGGAGGAGGACUCUGUCCUGAACCGUGCUUUCGGUUUCCCUCAAAGAUUUCACAUUUUGGUUUUGUUUUUCUUCUGAAAUAUUGGUAUUCUGUCCAAUUGUCAGUCUCUGCAGUAGACCGGCUGUUAAAAUCAGCAAGUAUAAUUUCAGCUAAACUUAUUUAGUUUUUAGUAUUUUUGACUAAAUCCGCCCCCGUUUAUUAAGGGUGUUGGAUAAAUGCUUUUCAGUGGGAAAACCCAGAUUUAUGAAAGGUCAUCCCGGAAAAACAAUCCUGUUCUGAUCUGAUCAAACAAGUGUUAAGUUUGCUGAUAAAUGAAUCAUUUUGGGGGUAAAAACGUUUAUGGGCUUUAAAUCGGGCCUGAAGCAGGAAGUUUAAAAUGCCUCAGCAGUGUUUGGAAACAGGAAAUUAAGUACAAUUAAAUGAAAUGUCAUUUUGCCCACCUGCAAAUGUAAAAGAAAAACAUUUCAAUAAACUUAGUUUCACCUGGAAA